AUGUCUAACAAUAUCACCACUUUGCCUACACUCGAGAGAUCACAGUCCGACACUUCAGAAUGGACCACAGACGCUGAGAAGGGUGCUGUAAAGCACAUUGAUCACUCCAACGUUGACGUUCCACAAACCAUCUCCGAAGAUGAUGAAGGACCAAAUGUCGGUAUGGCGGCUUAUGAGCAAUCCAAGUCGUUGGGCGAGAUCACCCCGGAACAGAACAAACGUAUCCGAAUGAGAAUCGAUUUCCUUUUACUUCCAUUGUUCCUUCUCACCCAGACCUUGCAAUAUCUUGACAAAACAGCAUUGAAUUACGCCAAAGUAUUCGGUAUGGAGAAGGCCAUGGGAAUGAGUGGCAAUCAGUAUUCUCUUGGAGCAGCCAUCUUUUACAUUGGAUAUAUGAUCGCUCAACCAGGUUGGUCUUAUCUGCUUGGGCGAUGGCACGCCGGUCGUGUACUGGGUUUUUCAGCUUUCAUUUGGGGUUUCACGGUCCUUGUUAUGGUUUGGUCGAAAAACUUCACACAUGUCAUGGUCACUAGAUUCUUCUUGGGUGUAUUCGAAGCUGCCGUCACUCCAGGUUUAUCUUUAAUGACCGGAUGGUGGUACAAGCGUGAUGAGAUUCCAUUGAGGCAAACUAUCUGGUAUUCAGCUGUUGGAUGGGGUGGUAUGAUCGGUUCUUUGAUGGCUGCAGGUAUUUCCAAGAUGGAUGACCACCCUACUCCUCGAUGGAAGUUGAUCUUCUACGUUCUGGGUUCAGUCACUAUGGCUUUGGGUAUCGCCCUUUACUUCUGUCUUGCAGAUGGACCCAGUACCGCCAAAUGGAUCAAGAAAGAAGAUCGACCAGCUGCAGUAGCUCGAGUCGCUCAAUCAGGUGUUGGAUUAAAGACCACCAACUUCAACUGGACACACGGUUUCCAAGCCCUGAAAGAUCCUAAGACCUGGUUCCUUUCCAUCGCUAUGUUCGGUUCAUCCGUGCCCAAUGGUGUACUUACCAACUUUUCCGGAACCAUCAUUAAGGGAUUAGGAUAUUCAACUUUCAACGCCGCGUUACUUGAUUGUGCUGGAAGAUCCCUUCAAGUCAUCUCACUUCUCAUCGCAGGAUUGGUCGCGACUCGAUGGGCCAACACCAGAUUAUUGAUGAUGACCGUUGGUAACUUGACCUGUGUUAUGGGAACUGCCAUGAUGAGUUUCUUACCUUUUACCAAACAUUACACAUGGGCAAGACUCAUUGGAUUCUGGUUGGUCAACACACAAUCAAUCGGUUUCACCAUUGGUCUUGUCAUGGUCUCAUCAAACAUCGGUGCUUACUCCAAGAGAGUGGUUACAUCUUCUUGUAUCUUUGUAGCUUAUUGUGUCGGCAACAUCGUUGGUCCUUUGACAGCUUUAGACAGCGAAGCACCAAGAUAUCAAACCGCUGCCUACUGUAUGAUGGCUGGAUAUAUCCUUAAAACAAUCUGUCAUGGUUGUCUUUGGGUCUACAUGUGGAGAUCCAACAAGACUCGAGAUAAGAAAUACGGUCCUGCCGAUCCUGUCUUAUCUGCCGAUAACGGUAUGAAAGGUAUGAGUGAGAAUGAAAAUAUCCAUUUCAGGUGA